CCAGCGCAAGCGACCAGAGCUCCGCCCGGAUCCGCCUCCUGACGUCUAUCUACCGGGCAGGUCGAGCCAAGGAGCCCGGGGAGGAGAGGGGGAGCUCGGUGCCAGGCCUGGCUGGGCCCUCACCCAGGUACCACUUAGGCAAGAUGCCAAUCAACGUGAAUGACGUGAUGCAGCUCCUAUGUCAUGUAUCAGAAGAGCGGAAGAUGAAGGCUGCUGUCAAGCACUCUGGGCGAGGUGCACUUGUGGCUGGUGCAACUGCUUUUGUGGGAGGACUGAUGGGAGGCCCACCUGGCAUUGCUGUAGGGGGUGCUGUCGGAGGCUUGAUUGGUGCCUGGAUGACCAGUGGUCAGUUUAAACCCAUCCCUCAGAUUAUACUGGAAUUACCUCCUGUGGAGCAGCAGCAGCUUUAUGACCGAGCCUAUGCCAUCAUUAGCCAUUUAGACUGGACCGACACUGCACAGCUCAUUGCCCUCGUCAUGGGAAAUAUGGCCGUUCAAGAAAAGUUGCUCGCUGUGUUGACAAGCUACAUCACCAAUGAGCUCAGAGGCGAAAUCCAGUAUGGACGUUAGAUUCCAACCUCAAUCUGAUUGUAUUUUGGAUUGACUUUUUUUUUUCAGGGUAGAGAGGGGAGUUGUUUCAGUGAAGAAUAUUUUAAAUCUACUGUUAACAGUAAAGUGGAUAAUAGUAAUUCUAGUAAUCAUCAUCAUAGGUGAUGAUGACAAUGAAGAUGAUAAUGAUGACUUCCUGAAGAAGGGGCUCAUACUGUUUUGGAAUAAUGUACUUGAUUGGUCUGAUGAGCCUCUUUUUGACUCCUUUCUGCUGUUCUAUUAUCACUGCCGAAAUAUCUUUCUGUGUUGCCGAAUACUUGCCAGCACCUUUUUUCAGCCUCCAUGUGUAAUACUUCAAGACAUAUCUUGGCUGGAACCCAAAUAAGAGUACUGUGGGCCCUCCACAUUCACCCAGUUAGGGGUGCAGGACCCCUAUGAAAGUGGAAGAACCACAGAUUAAAAAAACACACUUUUUUUUAACCUGAGAGAACAGCUCUCUAGAAAUCUGUAGGUCCUCUAGUAUAGCUCUAUGGCCAACAUCUGGCAGAAGCUGACUAUAGAAUUGCACUGGAGGACCUAGUGUUUUCUCUAGGAAUCUACAAGUCCUUCAGCAUGACUAUUUGGUAAACCUCUGACCGAGUCACACUGGAGAACCUAGAGAUUCCUAGGGAGAACAUAUUAAUCAAUCUGUAAAAGUCAAAGCCACAGAUGUGGAGGGCCAAUUGUAGUUACCAGGACCAACAAGAGCAUGUUGCAAGGAUAGUUUUCUGGUAACUGAUCGGUGGACAAACAUUAUUCAAAGCUUGGAUAAGUUAAAUUAUUGAAGUACAGUUCUGGUUUCAGAAUUGUAACCAUAAUAGUUUAGGAAAGUAAUAUUUGCCAACUGACCUCAUCCACUUGUGGCAUUCUAACGAAAUAAUGCCACAUUGGGCAAACAAGGGGAUUAUACUGGUCAAUAUGAAUCUCUUAAUAUUAGAUAUGGAUAACUGCACUAUGGAUUUUUUUUUAAUUGCUGUAUAUUGUGGUCUGUUGGACUCAUAUUCAUAGCAUCACUUGGAAUGAUCCAUAUCAGAUUGCCUGGACUUACCUCAGUUAUUGUGAAGCACUAUUUUAAACAAGAAUCAAAUAACCUUUUGUGAGCGGUAAAAAAAAAUACGCCACAGUUCUGACAAUCUGACCAGUGGCUAGACAGGUGAAAUGGCCAUGGCUUAGUUUGGGAUUUAUUUGUUCCAUGUGUAUCUGUAUUUAUAUCUUGUUUUGUGUAUGUAUUUGUUUCCUGCUUUUUACAGCCCUCAAAAGGGUUCCCACGCUGAAUAACCACCAUCCAUUUGAAACAUGGAAGCAGCAUAGGUUUCCAACACAACACAUCGAAUGGCACAUUUUAAGCAUGUGAGGGGCUGUCAUUUGGUAAAGCCAGUGUAGUAGAUUGGCUAGAACAGAGAUAUGGAGUGUACAGCCAUCCAGAAGUUGUUAAAUUCCAACUCCCAUCAUUCCUCACCAUUGGCUAUGCUAGCUAGGGCUGAUGUGGGUGUAUGUUCACUGUUUCUAGGUUAAUAUGUUGGACUAGGACCGGUGAGAUGUAUGUUCAGCGCCUCAUCCAGCCAACUGUCAUGGCAGAAUUGGGGAAUAGAACUCUAUAAUAACUCAUCUGAAAGGGACCUUCUAACAAGGAGGGAAAUUAUAUGUCUUCAUUAUCUGUUGCACUUCCACUACAAAAUGUAAAAGUACUAUUUUCAUUUGUUGCUGCCUCUCCCCAUUUUACUGUGUCAUGUUGUCCUUGGCAUGUCCUUCUUGGUCAUAGAUAAUGUUUCUUAUUCACAACAUCCCUCAUAAAACAACCUUUGAGAACCCAGGGCAAGGCAUAGGGCAUCCAACCCGCCACCCUCCAGUUUUGUUGGCUAAGGGGAGGAAGUGGAUUUCUGUCAGAGCUGUAGUCCAACACAUCUGAAAGGCACAAGGUUGGUGAAGGCUGCAUAAGUUAGACCCCCCCUUUUUUUUUUUUUGACAACUGUAUUGGGCAAAUGCAAUUCAGAAGUCACAAGUUGCCUUCUUUGAGUUCAGAGGUUUUAUUUUAGACAUCCUACUGGUUCAAUUCCAGUUGUUAUUAACAGCCCCCAAGUCAACCUCGACUCAUGGCAGCUCUGCGGGUGAGACAUCUCCAAGAUCCCCUGUCUUCCACUGCUCUGCUCAAAUCUUCAGACUCAGGCUUGUUUCCUCUCUGAUUGAGUCCAACCAUCUGGCAUGUAGUUUUCCUCUCCUACUGCCUUCCAUCUUUCUUAUCAUCAUUGUCUUUUCCAAUGAUUCAUGCCUUCUCAUGAUGUGACCAAAGUACAACAGCCUCAGUUAGUCAUCCUCGCUUCCAGGGAAAGUUUAGGCUUGAUUAGUCCUAGACCCAUUUGUUUGUCUUUCUGGCUGUUCACUGUAUCCUUAGCAGACUUCUCCUGCACCAUAUCUAAAACGAGUUAAUUUUCUUUGUAUCAGCUUUCUCCAGUACCCAGCUCUCACAUCCAUACAUGGUGAUGGGAAAUACGAUAGUUUGGGUAAUCUUUACUUUGGUGUUCAACUUAUCCAGUUCUUUCAGAGUUGCCUUUUCCAGUCCUGGUCUUUUUCUGAUUUCUUGACUGAAGUCUCCUUUCUGAUCAAUAUUUGAUCCAACAUAUGGGAAGUCUUUGACCAUUUCAAUUUUCUCAUUAUCUAGGAUGAAUUCUUGUAGGUCUUCCACGGUCAUUAUUAUGGUCAUCAAUUCCAGUUAAUGGACACCUAAGUUUGAGUAUGAUGUAUAUUGAUAUUGUGGACAUUUACAGAACAGCUUGUCACUUGCAAGAAGAAAACACAACUGCAAGAAACAUUUGAUUUGCUGGUUUUAGGUUUAGGUUUGCUGAAUACAGGCUGUGAUUUGAGGAGGGGCAAGGCUAUAGUGUGCAGCAGGCCUAAAGUAAAAGGGCUGAAAAAGAUUAGUGCCUUAUUUAUUUAAUAAAUAAAUAAAUAUCCUGCCUUCCUCUCAACAUGGAACCAAAGUGGCUUACAAUAAGGCUAAAAUUCAGUUGUGGAAUACCCUCCCCUUGGAGGCCCAAUUGGCUCCAAUAACACUGCUGUUUAGACAUAAAGUAAAAACAUGCUUGUUUAUGAAAGCUUUGGUGGCCUAACUGAUUUUUAUACAACCCUCUCAUGCACAUGCUUUUAAUCCAUUUAAAAUUAUUUCAACCCUGCAAAUCUGCCUUUUAACUUUUUAAUUAAUAUGUUUUCAGCUUUUAAAAAUAAUUUUCAUUACUUAUACUGCUUUAAAUUUGUGAGACUGGUAAGCCACCCUAACAUUUUUGGAUAAAGAGCAGGAUAUAAAUAUUUUAAUAAAAUAAAUAAGUUGCAGCUAAAAGGCUGAUAAAAAAAGCUGAAAUACACAAAAAAAGUUAACACAAUUUAGAAAAGUCGUCAUAGUAAAAUUCCAUUAAAUGAUUUAAAAGUGUAAAACCAUCUUAAAAACAUAACAGUGAAGAUAAAAAUACAACCCAAGACCCUGGGAAGACCAGCCACAGAAAGUGACCUUUCCAUUGGUUUGGCUCAGAAUAAUGCUGUUGUUGUGUACAGUAUCUUCAAGUCAUCUCUGCCUUAUGGUGACCCUAAAGCAAACCUAUCACUGGGUUUUCUUGGCAAGAUUUGGUUUUUCCUUUUGGGGGGGGGUGCUAUUGCCUUUGCCGUUCUCCAAGGCUGAGAGUGAUACUUGUCCAAGAUCACCCAGUGAGUUUCCAUGACCAAGACUGUUUCCUUGAGUCCUAGUCCAUCACUCAAACCACUACUACACCAUGCCUCAGUAUAAUCAAGCUUCAUAUAAAUUAGAAGCCAUACCAGAAAAGGAUGCUGAGACAACCAGGUACUGCUUUACUGUGAAACAACUUGAAUUGGUUGCUGUAUUGCACAAGUGGAGAACCUCAGAUGCAAGACCUCUGGGAAUCCCAAUCCAGCCCUCGUGGCUUACCUCAGAUGCCCACAGCCCCUUCCCCUAAGACUUUUGGAUGGUCUGCCACCUUUUAUAUGGGUGUUUCUAUAUCCUAAAAGAUUGAUAUGCCUGUCCUAAGGCUCAGUUGUUGUCAUUAAGAGUGUUAAGCCAAAAUAUUAACACUGGAACUCACCCCUUCCCCCUGAAACUGAAAUCGGUCCUUGGGAUGGAAGAGAGAUUCCAUCUUUCCUAUUUUGGGGGGCUUGGAAAAGUCAGAUGUUGGACUUAUUAAAACAUUCAUAAGCCUUGGAAGCAGAGCCAGUGUGGUACUGAAGUAGCACUGGAAGUAGACUACAGCUGAUGGGCUGUCCUCCUGGCUUCUGCUGUUUUGCAGCUUUCCUGAAGAGGACUGAAUGCCUUUGGGAUCUUGGAGGCAUUCUGAGCUGAUGUACAUCCCAUUGAUUUCAGUGGGUCUCCUUUAAGUGACUCAGCCUAGAUCUGGCCUAUUUUCUUGUGCAGCGUGAAGAACAACAAAAAUCAAAUUAAACUUAAUUGUGAUUUUCAACAUCGAAAAAGUUGUCUGUCUGCAGCAUACAAUAAAUGCUUUGAUAUAAUCUU